AUGGGACCCGGACCGCUGCUCCUGCUGCUCUCGGGGGCCCUGGCGGUGACCGCGACCUGGGCCGCCCUUCACACCCUGAGAUAUUUCACCACCUUCGAGUCCCGACCGGGGCGCAGGAAACCCCGGUACAUCGUCGUCAUCUACGUGGACGACACGGAAAUCUUGGGGUUCGACAGUGACUCUCCGAACCCGAGGCUGGAGCCGCGGGUGCCGUGGCUGGAGCGCCCGUGGGUGGGGCCGGAGGGUACAGACUUUUGGGAGGAGCAGGCGCGGGAAAUCAAGCACAACGAGCGGACUUGCCGAGCGAACCUGAACAGGCUGCGCGCCCACUACAACCAGAGCGAGGACGUGUCGCACACCUUCCAGGAAAUGACGGGCUGCGUCGUGGGGUCCGACGGGCGCUUCCUCCGCGGAUACACUCGGUUCGCCGACAACGGCACCGCCUACAUCGCCCUGAACGAGGACCUUCGCUCCUGGAGCACGGCCGACACGGCGACACAGGUCACCGGGCACCACUUCGUGCAGGUCCCUGAUGCGGACGUCAGGAGGGUCUUCCUCAAGGACACGUGCGUGCUGCGGCUCCGCCUGCUCCUGGAGAAGGGGAGGGAGGCGCUGCUCCGAGCAGACCCUCCAAAGACACAUGUGACCCGCCACCCCGUCUCUGACCACGAGGUCACCCUGAGGUGCUGGGCCCUGGGCUUCUACCCCGCGGACAUCACCCUGACCUGGCAGCGUGACGGGGAGGACCUGCCCCAGGACACGGAGACUGUGGAGACCAGGCCUGCGGGGGACGGGACCUUCCAGACGUGGGCGGCCGUGGCCAUGCCCCCUGGACAGGAGCAGAGCUACACGUGCCGCGUGGGGCACGCGGGGCUGCCCGAGCCCCUGACCCUGCGAUGGGGACUCAGGCCUGAGGGUGGCCUCUCACCUCCCCUCGUAGACCCCCCUCCUCGGACCACCGUCCCCAUCGUGAGCAUCGCUGCUGCCGCCCUGUGUCUCCUUGUUGCUGCCGUCACUGUGGCUGUGACGUGGAGGAGGAAGCGCUCAGGCAGAGGCGGGGAGAGCCACGCUCAGGCUGCCUGUAAGUCUGGGUGUUGGGAGGGGACGUCUGGGACCCUGGGGAGCGUGUGGGCUGGAGUCUAG